AGCGAUGUUCCACACAAGUCCUUCGUUGAAUCAACUGUUAGUUUUGUUUGUGCUAGUAGUGGGUGCGUCUGGCUGGCUAGCUCGAACUGGUCCUGGUUCGCGACGGAAGAUGUCAGAUGUUUGUGAUCAACUCGAAUGUGAACGAACAGACCUUGCCCUUGUUCCAAUUCUCUGUCCCUCCAAUCCAAGAAUUCUUUCGAUGCUAUUUGAGGUCCUACUGACCCAUGCAGCAGAUCAUUCCAAUAGUAUUCCGGAAAUGAGACGUAUUGCCAGCCAUACCACUGCCUUUUAACUACCCCACCGUUUCCUCUGCCCAUCAUGUUCCAUUGUACAAGUCGGUAUUUCGCAAAAAAUUCCGCGAGAAGCAUUUCAGUCGCUUGAGUAGCCGAGCCAGGGGGUGAAAUCUUUCCGAAGUAGCAGCGGGGAUUGGGAUACGUUGCUCUCUUGCCGUUUUCUUCUGCUUGUAAGAAAUCGGAGAUUGUGACAGUUUUUGGUAAGGGUUCAUGGCUGAACACACAAGUGAUGUAAAGGUUUUGAGAAUCAUCGCGAGCCGCAUUAGUUAUUAGAAAAAAGGAGAGCCCAUCCGCAGCUGGAACUCUUACGGAUAUAGGCCCGUUACUCAUGUUGGUGUUUUGUUGGUGUCGGUGGUGAUCUUCGAUUCAUGGCGAACCAUGCGGACC